AUGACCAGGCUCUUGUUCCUUCUAGAACUUGCUCUUUGUGUUCUCCGAGCCUUGGCUUCGUGGAGCGUCACGUACCCCCAGAAUGUACGGAGCGUCCAAGGCUCAUGUGUUGUGAUCCCCUGCACCUUCAACUACCCCGUGGACCCCCCGGAGAGCAUCACAGCCAUCUGGUACAAAAAUUCAGAGGGGUCACGCACUUUGGUCUACCAUUCUGCAACUCCGGAUGCUGUGGAUGCUCAAUUUCAAGGCCGCACAGAGUUGCUUGGAGACCCUCUCAGGGAGCGCAACUGCACCCUCCUCCUGAGGAGCACCCAGACAAGUGACAGUGGCAAGUAUUCCUUCCGGUUUGAAAUCAGCGAGGGAAACCGCUGGUCGGAUCUGCAAGGAGUUGAGCUGACCGUCACAGACACUCCCGACAGUCCCACUCUGGCCUCCCCGCAAGACAUGCUCGAGGCCCAGCUGGUGACUUUCAACUGCUCCAGUCCAUACGUCUGCCCGUACGACAGCAUCUCCCUGCAGUGGACGGAGUACAACACAGAGGCCUUCCGUGUCUCAGGGAGGGUCCAGCUGGACACCAGAGAAGUGCUGCAGAAGCAAACCCUCAGCACCCAGAUCUCCUGGCAGGAUCACAACCAGAAGCUGAGCUGCAAGGUGUCCGUGGGAGCCCUGGCCACGGUGGGAGAGGUCAGGCUCCAGGUGAAACAUUCUCCCAAAGGUGUCAAAGUGUCAAUAAGCCCAUCUGCAAAGAACAUCCGUGCCGGGGAUGCUGCGUCUCUCACAUGCAAUGUUGAAAGCAGCUACCCAGAAGUCACUGCUUACAGGUGGUACAAAAAUGGGGUUGCCUAUGGAGAGGGGCAGGUGAAGACCCUCCAGAGUGUCACACGAGAAGACUUUGGCCAGUACCACUGCGAGGCAGAAAAUCUUGUUGGGACGACAGCGGCCAAAGCGGCAACACUCUAUGUUUUCACUGCCCUGCUCUCCGUCAGCCCUUCUUCUGAUGUCCAGGAAGGUGGGACCAUCACAUUGACCUGCAACAUUCCUGGGGAAGACAAGCAAGAGAUCCACUACAGCUGGUACAAGAACAACAUCUGGAUUAAGGAAGGCACCGCCCGGAGCCUGGUGUUUCAUGAGGUGGCUGUUGAGGACAUGGGAUAUUACUCGUGCAAAGUGCAGAACGACAAGGGGAGUGAGAAGUCCCAAGUUGUUGGGAUAAACGUCUUCUACCCACCAAGGCCCCCCACCCUUGCCUUGUUCCAAGAGACCCAGGAAGGGAAGCUGGCCAUCAUUCACUGCACUGUCGACAGCAACCCCCAGUCUGCCCUGAGCCUUUUCCAAGGCAAGCGGCUCCUCGCGACCACCAGUUCACACUCAGCCCCCAACCAACGGAUCGCCAUCACCACGACCCGCAACUCCUUGAAGAUGGAAAUCCAGAAGGUGGUCCCAGAAGACCAGGGUGAAUACCAGUGUGUUGCAACCAACAAGUAUGGGAACGCCACCACUACGAGAUUCUUCGGUGCCCAGACUGCCAGGGUGGUGGUCAGUCCUUCUGAAGAAGUCCCUGAAGAGGAGAGGGUCACCCUGACCUGCAUGGCCACCUUGGAGCCAGAAGAAGGGACCACGUAUACGUGGUACAAGAAUGCCAAGUGGCUACGAGAGGGGAGGGAAAACUCUCUCGUCUUCCCAGCAGCAGUCAGCAGAGAUGCCGGGACAUACUACUGCGUGGCCCAGAAUAAGAAGGGCACCAACAUAUCGCCAGCUGUCACUCUGCACGUUCUUUACCCCCCAAGACAACUGGUCAUCCAGUCCUUCCUAGAGACACAAGAGGGACAUCUGGGCAUCAUCCAGUGUACGGUUGACAGCGACCCCCCAUCUGAGAUAGCUUUGCACAAGGGGGGUGCUCUCAUGGGAUCCACUAAUGCCUCCUACUCACCUGCUGACCCCAGGGUGAGCAUGACCUCAUCCCACAACGCGCUCAAGGUGAGCAUUGAAGAUGUCACACUGGAAGACGAGGGACGGUUUGUGUGUUAUGCUCAAAACCGCUAUGGAGACUCAAGCACUUCCGUUGACUUCACAGCUGAAACUGCGAGGAUCGUCCUCACACCGUCUCCUGAGGUGGCUGAAGGUCAGGAGGUCCGUCUGUCCUGCGUAGUGAGCAGCAAUUCCUCCACCUUGGCCAACUACACCUGGUACCGGAAUGGACUCUGCCUCUCUGAAGCCCACAGGGACUCACUGGUGUACCCACAGGUGGCCAGAGGGGACGCCGGGGUGUAUCUCUGCCGGGUAGAGAGCCACGGAGUCAGCAAAAGCUCCACCUCCAUCUCCUUGUCUGUGCUGUACCGACCUGAACCUCCUCGAGUGGCCGUCUUCGUGGAGACGGAGAAAGGGAGGACGGCCCUCUUCCACUGUUCAGUAGACAGCAAUCCCCCCGCUGAGUUGAGUCUCUACAAAGGAGACCACCUCCUGGCAUCCACCGGCUCCACCAGCACAACCCUCCCAAGGAUCCAUGUCUCAAGCUCCCGCAAUGCCAUGCGGGUGGAGAUGGGAGAAAUCGUGCCAGAGGACGAGGGCAGCUAUCGGUGCGUUGCUACCAACGCAUAUGGCUCCUCAUUCACGCGCCUGCACUUGCGCGUGCAAACAGCCCGAGUUUUGGCCUCACCAUCCCCCGAGUUGCUGGAAGGAGACGCGGCCACCCUGACCUGCGACAUGCUCGAAAGUGCUCUGAGCGAUGCCACCUUCUCCUGGUACAAGAACUCCAAGCGCAUCCCGAACAGCAACUCCAGCACACUCGCUUUCCUGCAAAUAACCAGCAGGGAUGCCGGCUCCUACCACUGCAAGGCCCACUCUGCAGAGGAGACCAGCGCCAGCACCUCCCAGCCUCUCAGCAUAACCGUCUUCUACCCCCCGCGGAAACCUCAGCUGACCUCCUUCCUACAGAUGCAGGGCGGGCCAGCAGCUGUGCUCCAGUGCACCACAGACAGUGUGCCCCAAUCUCACCUGGUCAUGUACAAGGGAGAUGAGCUCCUGGCAUCCAGCAGCGGCUCCGACACAGUUCACAACCACCGGCUCAGAGUUUCUGCUUCAUACAACAGCUUGAGGGUGGAGAUCCGGGAUGUGGUGAUGGAGGACGAAGGGGGCUAUGGGUGCUGGGCCAGCAACCUCUACGGUAACAGCAGCGUCUCCAUCAGGUUCACUGCAGAAACGGCACGGAUCUGGAUUUCUCCUCCGGAUGUUCUCGAAGGGGACUCUGCAAACCUGACCUGCGCUGUUGACAGCGGUGCAGCUGAAGAGCCGCGCUACGCCUGGUAUAAGGACCACAGGCGGUAUGCGGAGGGCCCCUCCCGGACGCUGUCCCUUCCCAAGGUCACUGUGGCCGAUGCAGGAACUUAUUACUGUGCGGUGAAGACUCCCCAGAGAGUGCGGAACUCCUCCCUAGGCACCCUGAAUGUCCUCUACCCACCCAGGAAUGUCCAAGCAGCAUCCUUCUUGGAGGCACAGAAUGGGCAGCUGGCCAUCCUGGUGUGCUCUGUCGACAGCAACCCCCCAUCGGAACUGUCGCUCCGCCAAGGCAAUGAGGUCCUUGCGUCCACCAGCUCUUUCCCAGGCCGUGGAGCGCCACCAGAGCCUCGGCUGAGUGUUGCUUCCUCUCCCAACUCCUUGAGGCUGGAGAUCAAAGAGGUCCACUUGGAUGACGAAGGGCGGUACGAGUGCCUCGCUAGCAACGGCAUUGGCACGGCGAGGGCAUCCCUGGACCUCACGGUGGAGACUACCAAGGUCGUGAUCAGCCCAUCUCCAGAUGUUCAAGAAGGGGAUCCCGUCUCUCUCACCUGCGAAGACGCCAACGCCGCAUCCAAUGCUCUUUACACCUGGUACAAGAACACGCAAUGGCUGGUGGAAGGUGUUGCCGUCUCCCUUGUCUUCCAGGCAGUAACCCCAGGGGACACGGGUGCCUACUCCUGCCAAGUGCACAACGCGAGGGGAAUCCGGACAUCUCCACCCGCCGCCAUGCGCGUCCUCUAUGCUCCCAAGAAACCCUUGCUGGUCUCCUUCCUGGAGAUGCAAUCUGGCCACCAAGCCAUCAUCCAGUGUGCCGUUGAGAGCCACCCAUCAUCUGACAUCACCCUGUACAAAGGACAUGAGAUUGUGGCUUCCAGCAGGAGUUCCGGAGGACUGCCUGCCCCAUGGCUCAAUGCCCACUGGGCCCCCAACUCCCUGAAGGUGGAAAUCAAGGGGGUCCGCCUGGAAGAUGAAGGGCAAUACCUCUGCUCGGCUAACAACACUUAUGGGGCCUCCACAGCCUCCAUUUACUUCAGUGUGGAGAGUGCAAGAAUCACCAUUGAGCCUUCACCGGACAUCCUGGAAGGGUCUGCCGCCAACUUGACCUGUGUGGUUGCCAGCCGGGCUGCUGGAGGAAUGAACUACACCUGGUAUAAGAACAGCCGGUGGCUCCAGGAUGGGCCCGGCCCCUCCCUGCUCCUGGAAGCCGUAGCCAGAGAGGAUGCUGGCUCGUACCACUGUCAGGCAGAGGGGGAGAUGGGCAGCAGCAGCCUGACAUCUGGCCUGGUCCUCUUGCAAGUGAUUUAUGCACCUCGGACCCCCUCCCUAAGUGCCUUCCUGGACAAUGAAAGAGGGAGAGUGGGCAUCAUUCGCUGCCAAGUCGACAGCCACCCACAGUCCGAGCUGGCCCUCUACAAAGAGGGCAGCCUCCUGGCUCGCACCCAGGGCUCCCGCUCAGCAGCUGCACAGCGGUUCGGCACGUUCCAGUCCUACAACAGCCUCAGGGUGGAGAUCCGAGACCUGGUGGCCGAAGACUCGGGGCGUUACGUCUGUCUGGCCAGCAACGCAUUUGGCAACGCGACCAGCGCCUUGGACUUCAGUGCCGAGAUCUGUCUCUCCUUCUGUUUACCUGCAGCUCUCUCAGACCUCCACUUCUUCAGGGUCCUGGCAGGGGUCUUCAUUGCCAUGGCCUGCGCAGCCGCGCUUUGCGCCUUGGCCCUCGGAGUGUGCAAGAACUGGAGCAGGAUAAAUGAACAGCGGAAAAAGUGGAAACCGUGGAGAACCCAGAAGGAAGAACUGGUGGAGAUGGAAAAUAAGGAAGUGGAAGCCCAGGUGGGGCUCCCGGUGCGCUUGCUCCAGACGCUCUGCCUUCGCUGCCCGCUGGCCGGGGAACGCGUUGGGCGCUGGCCUUCCUCCCAGGCAGGAGGCUGCAGCUCCAGGCAAGGAGCCGGCGGGCUGGGCGCCUCGGGCGGGAGGCAUGUGCAGGAGCGCGGAGGGGAGAUCUGGGAGCUCUCGCACAUAAGAACAUAA